AGAGUUCUUCAGGCGGAAAUGGCCACCUGAGUAAACACUGGCCACAGUGAUCAUCAGUCUGUUUGUCUGCGAUUUGACAAUUGAAAGUGAAAUAUGAUUUUUAUCAUCUCAUAACAUGACUUAGCAGUGUUCUGGGAAUAAUAUCAUCUGAUAAAUAGCCAUGUCGCUGGAGGAACUAGAACAGGAGCCUUUCAAUGCUCAUGAGUUUGUGGAAAGGCUGGCAUGGCGUACCAUGGGAACCAAAGGUAGAAGUAACCAUGAUGACUUUGACCCGAUGUUGCUUCAUGGUUCUUUUGAGAAGAUGAUUCAGGAUUUGAAGGAGAAAAAUGCACAGAUGGAGAAAAAAGUAGAAAAAUUGGAAGAUGCUUGUAAGGAGGAAGAGAAAAGACACUGGCAAAGAGUGGGAGAUCUUCAGAAACGUAAUAAGGCAUCAUAUUCCCACUUCCAAGAACUGGAUGAGAGAAUCAACUUGGUAGCCACUAAGGUUGUCCACCUGGGAGACCAGCUGGAGGGUGUCAACACGCCCAGGGCCCGGGCCGUUGAUGCCCAACGACUCAUGAACUUUUUCAAUGAGUUCCUCCACUACGAUGAACCUAAGUCAUCAGUGUUCACUGAUCCUUUUCAGCUUCAGUUGGCUGCAGAAAUAAUUCAGAAGUUAUAUCAGAUAGCUUUGGAACUUCCAGUGGGAGAAAAAUUCGACAAUGCCAGAAAGAAAAUAUGGGAUCGAUACCUCCAUAUUGAGAAGGAGUUGAUUGCAGAAUUUCUGAUAGCCCAUCGUCAUGAGGACAGACGGAAGAUGAAAAGGGUUGCUUUUGUCUUGUCUAACUUCAAAGGUUAUGGUGAAUGUGUUGAUGCCUUUAUAGAGGAGUCUAUGAAGGGGGCGUUCCAGAAGUUGGAUCCGUUUGAUGACGUGGUGCCAUUGUGUACGAGGACCAGUGACCUUGUCACCGGUGUGUUCAGCAGUCCAGACACAGUCAUGGCCAAAUUUGUACAGACUAUCUACAACACUAAACUGCAGAAACAUAUUGCAUCCAAACUGGAAUCCAAAGAGGACCCAGAGGAAUACCUUAUAACACUUUUCCAACUCUACACAAGAACGAUGAAGUUAUCAGAAGAUAUAUCAGUAUUUAAGAUGGGAAAUGACAGCCUGUUCCUGACCAAACUGACCAAGAGUAUAUUUGUGAAGCACCUAGAGGCUUACAUUAACUUUGAAACCAAAUAUUUAAAAGAGCGAUGCUCUGCACACCUGCAGAGAUACUAUGAUGGCAAAGAUCACACAAAGAAACAGAUCCAGUCAGGAGGCUUGUCAGAGUUGAGACGGGAUUUACAGGCAAAGAUCGGGACGAUGACCAAAACCAACAUCAACAUUGGACCUGCCAUAGAGAACUUUGGUGGAGAGACCUUCUUGUCACAGGAAGUGACAAUAAGUCUGCUACAGGAGGCCAAGAAUGCCUUCAAACGCUGCAAAGUGUUGUCCAGCAGUUCAGACAUGUCGGGGAAUGCUGUACAAAUCUUCGAGGUUUUGGUCCAGUUCUUGGUAAUUGAGCAUAUAGACUACGCUGUGGAACUUGGAUUACAAGCCAUUCCCCUGCCUGACCCCAAGUCACAGCCAGAGGUGUACUUCUUUGAUGUAGUAGGCCAGGCCAACACACUCUUUCAUCUGUUUGAGAAACAGUUCAUGGACAGUCUGGUUCCUCUAGUCAUUUCCUCUCCCAGACACAGUCUGUGUUUACAGAGGAAGAGAGAGUUACGAGAACAGGUGGAGAAUAAGAUAGACACGGGUCUUGACCGCUCUAAUGCUGCCAUUACUGGCUGGGUCAGAAAUAUUCUAGCCGCGGAGCAGAAGAAGUCUGACUUCAAACCAGAGGACAAUGAUGCCAUGCAGAUGGUGUCACCAGCUUGUCUGAAGGUUGUGAACUUCAUGCGGACAAUAUCAGGAUCUAUCCACAGCAGUUUGGAUGGGAAGAAUGUGGAGGCUGUGUUUACUGAUCUCGGCACGAGACUCCACCGGGUCAUCUUCGACCACCUACAAGGAUUCAUGUACAACUCGCUUGGUGCCAUGUUAGUGAUAUGUGAUGUGAAUGAGUACCGGAAGAGUGUAAAGGACUUUAAGAUUCCCAUGGUAACAGAGCUGUUUGAGAAACUCCACGCCCUGUGUAACCUGUUAGUGGUGGUACCAGAAAACCUUAAACAGGUCUGCAGUGGUGAACAGUUGGCGGGCAUAGACAAGACUGUAUUAUUAUCCAUUAUCCAGUUACGGACUGAUUUUAAAUCUGCAAAACUUGCCAAUAUUUUAAAAUGAACUUGAUGAGUAUUCUACACUAAGAAAUGAUACGGACAAGCAAGGAUAUUCUACACUAAGAAAUGAUACGGACAAGCAAGGAUAUUUUUCGUUGUAGCAGCUGAGUGUAUUUGUGAGGUUAAAGGAAUAAUCAGAUUGUGUGAAGUUUAUUUAUCUGCCGUUGGGAUUGCUACUGUUUGUGGUAUCAGUAUUAAAUACGCAGGCAUAGUAAAUAUUAAUGUUUGCAGUAAGUAUACUGUUGGCUUCUGGUAAAACUGCCUAUGUACCAUAUUGUGUUAUAUAAAUACAUGCCAUUUGAUCUUGUGCCAGAUAUAAUUGUUUCAUUCCAGAACGUUGGUUGGGAAUUUUUGAAAAUAUAAAUAUUUAGAAACUCUAUUGGAAUGUGACAGUGAAAAGUUACUGUCACGACUAGUCAGCCACAUCUAAUAUCAUUCUGUAUUACUUGUGUAUUUCUGACACAUUUAAUUUCAUUCUGUUUAACUUGUGUAUUUCUGACACAUUUAAUUUCAUUCUGUUUAACUUGUGUAUCUCUGACACAUUUAAUUUCAUUCUGUUUAACUUAGGUAUUUCUGACACAUUUAGUAUCAUUCUGUAUUACUUGUGUAUAUCUGACACAUUUAAUAUCAUUCUGUAUUACUUGGUUUUACGACACAUUUAAUAUCAUUCUGUAUUACUUGUGUAUUUCUGACACGUUUAAUAUCAUAAUAUCAUUCUCUAUUACUUGUGUAUUUCUGGAGAUAAAAUCUUACUGGGAUACGAUUUCAAAUUGUGAUUGAAAGUAACCCAUGCUACGAAGUGUUGUAGAGAGACGAGGGAUGUAGUAAUAUUUAAUGUAAAGCUUAAUCAUUUUUAUUGUCAGUUCAGCUUGGAAUAAUCAAUCAUACAUUAGAAACAAUAUAAAACACGUUUGUUGAUUUUGAAAAUUUCACAAAUUUAUUGCCAAUGUGUCAAUAUUUCUUCCUUAGCUUAAAUGUAAUGCAUGAGUUACUUCCCCUCUCUAUUUAUUCUGACACAAUAGGGUCAUCAGCUAUUGUUUCUUUUUAUCAAUAAGUUUUGAUUAAAGAGUGUUCAGUGUGUUUCCAACUUGCAGAAGAAAAUAACAAAUUAUCAUCACACUAACUUUAUUUUACUGAAACUUUACCAGGACAUCUCCGAUUUUUAUCAUACAUCCAUUGCAGCCUAUUUUCUUUUAGAACCAAUUUAGGAGUCAGACUUGCUUAUAUUCGCAUUUUAUUUUGUGUCAUUUAAUAGUAGAGUUCUACAUUGGCCAUUUUAUAUUGUAUUGUUAAUAUUGAUGUGAUUGAGGAAUAGUAACUAUGGAUGUAUUCCUACUUGUGCAAUAUUGAACCCACUAUUAAACUGACGAUUCACAGACA